CCCCAUCAGACAGCGGGAGUCACCGGUGGAGAGCACACCGACACAUACGUUACAGACCGUCAGGAGAAAAGCGCUGCUUAGGAGCGUUGCUUUCACAAAGCGACAUGGGAGACCGAGUGGCUUUAUUGCUGCUGGCUGCGGUGGCCUCGGCUCUAGCUGUAGAGGUUCCCACAGAUGUUUCGAUGGGUCUGCUGGCUGAGCCCCAGGUGGCCAUGUUUUGUGGUAAACUCAACAUGCACAUUAACGUGCAGAGCGGCAAGUGGGAGCCUGACCCCUCUGGUACCAAGAGCUGCAUUGGUACCAAAGAGGGCAUCUUGGAGUACUGCCAGGAGGUGUAUCCAGAGCUCCAAAUUACCAACGUGGUGGAAGCCAACCAGCCGGUCAGCAUCCAGAACUGGUGCAAGAAGGGACGCAAGCAGUGUCGCAGUCACAUGCACAUAGUGGUGCCCUAUCGCUGCUUGGUGGGAGAGUUUGUGAGCGAUGCUCUGCUCGUUCCCGACAAGUGCAAGUUCCUCCACCAAGAGCGGAUGGAUAAAUGCGAGAGCCACCUGCACUGGCACACUGUAGCCAAGGAGUCCUGUGGCGACCGUACCAUGAAUCUCCAUGAUUACGGGAUGCUGCUGCCUUGCGGCAUCGACCGCUUCAGAGGAGUGGAGUUUGUUUGCUGCCCCAGCGAGGCGGAGCAGGGCGCCGAGAGCGUGGAGCAGGACACCGAUGAUUCCGAUGUCUGGUGGGGCGGAGCUGAGACGGACUACGGUGACAGCAUGGUGCAUGAGCCAGAGCCAGUGGAACAGCGAGAGGAAACCAAACCAUCUGUGGUAGAAGAGGAGGAUGACGGAGAAGCUCCAGAGGAGGAUGAUGAGGAGGAGGAUGAAGACGAGGAGGAAGAUCUGUUGGACAACGACCAGGAUGGAGAUGGAGAGGAGGACGAGGAGGCCGUGGAGGAGGAUGAAGAAGAGGAUGACAUCAUGGAUACACUUGAUGACAGCGAUGAUGCAGAUGAGCCCACCACUAAUGUUGCCAUGACAACGACCACCACCACUACCACAGAGUCUGUCGAAGAAGUAGUGAGAGAUGUGUGCUGGGCCAAUGCUGAGACUGGCCCAUGCCGGGCCAUGCUGCCCCGCUGGUACUUUGACCGACAGGAGGGCCGCUGUGUUCAGUUUAUCUACGGGGGCUGCGGAGGCAACAGGAAUAACUUUGAGUCAGAGGAGUACUGCCUGGCUGUCUGCAGCAGCGUCAUGCCCACGGCCACGCCCAGCUCCCCCGAUGCAGUGGACCACUAUCUAGAGACGCCCGCCGAUGAGAAUGAACACGCCCACUUCCAGAAAGCCAAGGAGAGUCUGGAGGCCAAGCACCGUGAUAGGAUGUCCCAGGUUAUGAGGGAAUGGGAAGAAGCUGAGAGGGAGGCUAAGAACCUUCCACGUGCCGACAAGAAGGCUGUGAUUCAACGCUUCCAGGAGAAGGUGGAGGCUCUGGAGCAGGAGGCAACCAGUGAGCGUCAGCAGCUGGUGGAGACCCAUAUGGCCCGGGUGGAGGCUCUCCUCAACGACCGCCGCCGCCUGGCUUUGGAGAGCUACCUGACCGCCCUGCAACAGGACCCACCCAGGCCCCGUCACGUCUUCAGUCUGCUGAAGAAGUACGUCCGCGCCGAGCAGAAGGACAGGCAGCACACUCUGAAACACUUCGAACACGUCCGCAUGGUGGAUCCAAAGAAGGCUGCUCAGAUUAGACCUCAGGUUCUUACUCACCUGCGCGUCAUUGAAGAGCGCAUGAACCAGUCUCUGGGUCUUCUCUACAAAGUGCCAGGUGUGGCUGAUGACAUCCAAGACCAAGUUGAGCUCCUCCAGAGGGAGCAGGCCGAGAUGGCCCAGCAGCUGGCCAACCUGCAGACAGACGCCCGUGUGAGCUACGGUAACGACGCCCUGAUGCCCGACCAGGAGUUUGGAGACGGCCAGACUGACCUGCUGCCCCAGGAGGACACUCUGGGCCUGGGAGGAGUCGGCUUCGUCCACCCUGAGAGCUUCAACCAGCAGAACAUAGAGAAAGAGGUGCCUGGAAUGAAGAUGGAAGCUAUUCCUGAGCUGCGGAAGGAGACGGAGGACACACAGGGUACCCAAUAUGAAGUUCACCACCAGAAGCUGGUCUUCUUAGCCGAGGACGUCAGCUCCAACAAGGGCGCCAUCAUCGGCCUUAUGGUCGGAGGCGUCGUCAUAGCAACGGUGAUUGUCAUCACCCUGGUGAUGCUGAGGAAGAAGCAGUACACCUCCAUCCAUCACGGAGUCAUUGAGGUGGACGCCGCAGUCACUCCUGAGGAGCGCCACCUGUCCAAGAUGCAGCAGAACGGCUACGAGAACCCCACCUACAAGUUCUUUGAACAGAUGCAGAACUGAGGAGAAAAUCACCUUCCACACACUCGCAUCAACACACCAUCAUCUCCCCCCCUCCCCCUUUACAUCUAUCCUUCCUCCCUUAUUUUCCUCCCCUCAGCCAGCCUCCCCAUGUCUCCUUGAGGCAGCGAUCACUGAGCGACUGGGAUAGUAGUUUCCUGACCCUUAUUUUCUUAUGAAAGAAAACAGCUAACCGUUGUUCUUUAGGGAGGAAGAAAAGCACACUGUCCACUCUGAUCAGCAGCAGGGUAACCUGACCCUCCCCUCAUCACACAAUUCUGACAAAUCCGAUCA